CUUGGCUGAGCACAGAGCUGGGCACAGGUACAGUGGCUACUGGCUGGCAGCGACGAGCGUUUCCCAUCUGGCGUUGGCGUAGGCGUGACGCCAUGUUGUGAAAAGUGUCUGGCAAAUAGUGAAAAAUUCCCACGGAAAACUGCACUCGAACGUCGCGAAAACAAACAAAAAAGUCAAACCAAUCCAAAUUUAGAACCGCAUUUUAUUGAGUGGGAGGCAGUUGCUAGCGAGUCCAAUGGCCAACCGAUUUGUAGGCCCCGGAGGUGCCACCUCGCUGGUCCCCUUGACGGCGAUGGUGGCGCUGCUGCUGGCGGUGAUGCAGUGCAUCCAGGCGAGUCCACAGCGCACCGCCGCCUUUUCGCUGCAGGCGGCCGUGGAUGAGCUGCAUCGGCGGGAGGCGGCCAAGUACCCGCUGAAUGCUCCGCCACCACCCUCUUUGAAUGACUGGGACGAAGAUGGCGAUUUGUUUGGCAAGAGUAGGAAUCGGAAUCGCCAUCGAGUUAAUAAGGCACUUGGCAAGUACUUAGAACGCGACGAGGACAACUACGGUCCGGAUCACAACCUGGGAUUGGGCUUGGGUCUGGGAUUGGGACUGGGACUGGGAUUCGAGGACGGCGGAGACUUGGGCGCGAAUAUUCUGCCGCUGGCCGAUGAGAAGAGAAAGCGCUUCUCCUCUUUUCGGGAACGUGACGAGCAGUUCGAUGGACCCCUACCCUCGGCUUUCCGUGAGCGUGAGAGCCAGCCAUUGAAUGCUGAGCCCGCACACAAUGAGCUGACGGAGCAGUUCCUACACGAGAUCGAGGAAGCCCGGGAUCGGGAUGCAGUGCGUCAGUGGUGGCGCCACCUGGACCAGGCCAAAGGCCAACAGGAGCCGGAGCAGCAGGAUGCCGAAUUGUUCGAGCAGAAGAAGCGGAUGCGAGUGCCGCCGUAUUACCUGCUGAUGCAGAAGAAGCGCUCCUAUCCGGUUCUCCCGUGGCUGCCGUACAACGGUGACAAGAGGAAGCGCUUCCCGGUGGCCAAGAGGAGCACCAGCAACUCGCACCCGGAUUCCCCGCUGGGCCGAACCGAUGAGCGAGUGGCCCAGGAGCUGAGCGAGCUGUUUGGCAAGCCGGGCGACAGCAAGUCACAUGCCGAGGAGAAACGCAAGCGAUCGGCGGACGAUCAGCCCAAGGCCACCUCCACCUCCCAUCAGACUGAAUCCCCGCCAGCGACGGCCACCGCAUUGGGCGAUAUGCGCCUGGAGAUCAACUUCCAGCGGGUGAAUGUCACAACCAAGGACACCUCCACAUCUCCACCCCCGGAAACUGGCGAAAUGGUGCAGCAUGGCGGUCAUGCCGGACAUCAUGGUGGUCAUGUGGUGCCGGGCAUGUCACCCGAGUAUCGCCACCGCAAGCGCAGCGAGCAUGCGCAUGGCGAGAACGCCGAGGAUCCGGAGGCGGACGAGCACGACGAGGAGGGUGAGGAGAGCUCCGACGAGGAUGACCACGACGAGUUCGACGAGGAGGAUGGCGAGGGUGACCUGGAGCCGGAGGAGGCGGAGGAGCGACGGCGCAAGAAGAAGCGGGCUGCUGCCAGUCUGUCCGGCACAAAUGGUGGCUCCAAACAUCUCCAUGCCCCCACUGUGGGUCACCUAAUGCUCCGGGCCAAGAAGUCCAUCGAUUGGUCGCAGUACUUUGGAUUAGAUCGCAAGAAGAAGUCCGCCCAAAAGAAUGAGGACCACAAGAAGCGCAGCGAAACGGACAGCAGCACCAAUAAUGAUGACGACAACGACGAUGAGAGUUCCGAGGCGGAGAAAAGGAAGCUUGAUUUCGAUGUCGAGAAACUGGAGAGCAUGGACAAGAAGCUGCAGUCCAUCGAGGACUUCAUUAUCGACGAGACCAUCAAGUACACGGGUGCCCACGAGGGGCUGAGCAGCAAAGAGGACAUUCGCAGGAUUAAGGAGCAUGUCCUCUCCCGUUUGGCCACCGCCUACAGUCUAGAGAAGAUGCGCCGUGCCCUGGACAGGCUAAGAAAGUCGGUGGAAAACGAGAACCACCUCAUGCGCAAUGCCAUCGAACCGGAUUCGGAGGAGAACGCAUUGGACUCCAAUUACUGGCAGGCCAAGAAGUCGGUGAAGAAGGAGCAGCCCGAAGAACUGGCAGAGGAUGCAAAGCCCCCCAAAGACAUGGAAAAGAAGAAGCGCAGUGGCUACUUGCGCUAUCCCGAGCAGCCAAACACCAUGGACGAGGCCCUCAGCCUGGGCAGCACUCCCUACGAAACCCUCAACGAUGCCUACCUGGGCAACAAGAACUACAUAGUGGGCUCCAACCAGUGCCCCAUCAUCGAAUCCAUGGCGGAGCGCUGUCGCGGAGUGGAUCUGAUCUCCGGCGACAUUAACCAGGAGCUCCUGCCACUCUGCGGCGUCCACCAGAUAUGCUAUCUAUGUGGUGCCUCGCAGGUGGCCUGCGACUAUCAGUAUUUGGCGGAGGCGGACGGCGUUUGCGGUGACAGCAACGAGUGCCAGUCGGCGGCCCGCUCCAUCCUUAUGAUCCUGCGGGGAUCCCCGGGCAGGCAGCUGGGUCCUCGGGAGUGCUUGAAGAACCCCUGCUUGUACAGGGCGAUGCGGGAGAUCGGGCUUUAAGCGGACAGUUCCAGACUGCCGCCCAGCGUUUUCCUAACGUCUUUUUGUGUGCGUUUAAAAAGAAAAACCAAAAUCGAAAAUCGAAAAUAACAAACAAAUCGGUAAUGCAACCCAGAGAGAGAAGAUCAAAAUACGAGCCCAAAAAAUAAUAACAAAAAACAUUAAACAAAAAUACAAACCAUGCUGAACUAGCGAAAAUCAAACGAUUGAUUCAAAACUAAAUAGUCGCUUAUAAAGACAUAAUAUUUUGAUGGAUUUUCCUGUCCGCCCUGAGAGGCGGCAGCAGCCAACUAGAGUUUACCAGAUACCUAAAGAGAUACAUAUAUAUAUAUAUAUUGUAUAUAUAUAUAUACAAUUUCGACUCAGUCCAUCGCAGUAGGCGCCCGACCGAGACCCGAUUUAUUUCGUUUUAAAUGUUCAGUGUGAAAUGGGAUUUUUAGAAACACAUUUGCAAGUUUUAUGGGUGUUUAAGUGUACAAACGUGAUCAUAACCGAAACAUACAUAUGCGUAACCAAGACAUACAAGUAGUUAAUCCACAACCAGCUUUCUAAGUAAUUUAAUUCGCUUGACAUUGUAUGGAAAGCAGAGCUCACAUUGGCAGCUAGUCCUUCAGAGUCAUCGCCAGAGUGCUUCUAUUCGGUUCGACUCGCAUGUGCGUAGAGUGCGUACUUAGAUACCAUAAUUAUAUCGAUUUUAGCCCACACCGAGGAACUAUCUCUGCGAGUCUCACAUCCAGAAAUAACAAACUAUCAGAGACUUCUCUCUCCACGCAUUACUCGUCUACAGAUGAACAUAUACAUAAAUGUGUUUCAACGUGCUUACAAUAAAUGGACAUAACUAAGACAAAUAUUUAAAGCUCUAACAAAUCUAUAGAUGUGAUUAUUAUUAUUAUACAAGGAGUUUAAUAAAUGUAUAAAUCUUUUAGGGCAGCAUAUACCAAUACCAUACAACAGCAAGACGUUUGGUUGCAAAAUCAAAAUAUUAUUAAUGUAUUUACAUAAACGAAUAUAUAUAUUUGAACUUGAUGUAUAUGCUACAGUUUGAAAAACAAAACAAAAAGCCGUAUUUGAAAAUAUUUAUUGCUAUACAGUUAUCAUAAAUGUCGAAUAUAAAUAUAUCGGGGAUAUCCCUCAA